AUGCCCGAGUCUCCAAGUGAGCUAGGUCAGAUACAAUCCCUCCGCCGUUCUCUCACCCUUCCCACCAAAUUAAAUCCACUCGCGCAACGUCGUUCGAGCGUGCCGAAUACCCCCGAACAUGUAAUCUUCUAUCACCCAUCUGCAAAAAUUGUGCAUUUCUCCCCAAGAGCGCUCGCCCCUAUUCCGUCCAGCUCUGCGCCGUCCGACUUUGACUACCCGGUUGACACCAUCGAAACACUCCCUUGGCGUUCUGCGACUGAAAGAACGGUUGCAACAGCGCCACUGAGGCUAGAGAAGGUCCAUGGCUCAACAGCAUUCUUGAAAUGUGGAAAUGUUGUCCAUGCGAUCCUAAAAAACUCUCAGUGUUGGUGUGUUGAUGGGGUCUCGAAAUUUGUUUUACGCAUUCGCCCACUUACAUAUUAUCGGAUCGAACUACCAUAUGAGACGGAAGACGACCGGAGCUUGGUGCAAGAUUUAAGAAUAGCCUUGCCAACAAUACUUCGUUAUGAGGUCACGCCAUGUCCCUUCAAACGUGCUUUCAGUGUCGAGCUCCCAAACGAUGCGAUGGCACCUCGGCGCAAAAAGGCCUGGCAACCUAAAGACCGGAAAGAAAGGGUACCGAAUGUCUUAGAACCUCCACAGGAAACGCCGUCGCCAGCUUCAAUUAGGUCGGAUUGGGUCGAUUCCGCAAGCACUGGAGACGACACCGACGGAAACCUGACCGAUGACAGUUGUUUCACUUCAAACAAAGCGAGCAGUUCCAUUCUGGGGGCGAUUCCUGAUGACCGGGAACCCUCUCCUGAGGCUUUGAGUCCUUCGCCAUACCUUGGGCCCCCUAGGCGUUCAGUCACCGAAAUACCACAAACUUUUACUAGCCUUCUUGCAAAAUUUGAGGCCACGGCAGUCCCUGAGGAUGGCCAUGACCUUGAACCUGCGCUCAAGCUAGAGUCCGCACCCAGUACCGAUGCUGCACUUCAAAUUGAUCAGGAGAUCAAGGGUGCAGACCAACUCGAGCCUGAGAUUCUAGUCGACGGUGAAGUUGAAGCCGGACAUGAAACCCAAAGCACAUUAGAGCCUGGUUUCAAAGCUGAAGACUUGCUUCAAACCAACUAUGUAUCUCGGCCAGAAGCUGUAUCGCAAGCCGAAGCGACCAGCAAAGCCGCAGUCAAAGCGGAACCCGUCAUUCCAGUCGAGACUGAUGCGGUGAUGGCGGCUGAAACUUCAAAGAAAAUCGUAUUCGGUGCCGAACCUACAAGUGCAGACGAAGCUAAGGAAACUGUGGAUGAGAUUAGCAAAGAUGUUGAUGAAGUUCAAUCCGUUCAAUCCUCUGCCAGGCCCACACAGGAGAUCGACCAUGGUGCCUCCGUGGCAUCCAGCCCCGAGUCAUUCCAUUCUGCUGAGCCACAAUCGCCAGAUUCAGUUUCUACUCAUCCUACAUCUGUGGGAGGCCAUGAUAUGCCAGAUCCACUAGACACAUUUGAUAUUUCGAUCACAAAACAUAUCAUUACUGAAUUGGACCAAGCACCAGUGGACCUUCAGAAGACGUCGCAGCUGUCGAUACUUGAUAUGCCUCAAAGCGACGACGCCUCAAAGCCGACCAGCACGCCUAAUCCUCCAUUACCGCAUAGUACAAGCGCAAACAAUUUACCGAGGCGCUUCGCAGAUGCGUUCUCGGACGCGUCUCCUUCAAUGGCUCCCACAAGUAAUGGGAAUCCACCCAGUCGUUUUGCCGAUGCGCCUUCGGACUCUCAAUUGCGCCCACACCUUCAUUCCAAGAGCAGUGCAUUGAACACUGAUUUCGACCACAUGAGUGCUGAGUUCCGGCGCCGGGCAAAAGCCACAAGGGAGCGUGAUGUUUCUCCUAUGCCUCAUUCUUCGGCAUUGUAUCAACCAUCUAGCGAUGACGGCUCAUCGUUCAUCUCUAAGGCUAUCACCCUAGUAUUGAUUCCUCCAGCUUAUCUUUUCGUCAUCCUUCUUCAUAUCGCUGCGCGCAUUGUCAUCAACCCAGCUGUUCACCCGAUCAUGAGCUCCACACCAAGCGCGCCACGAUCCCAACCCGAACGGACAAAAAAGGAUCUAGCCACGGAGGAUGACUUCAGCUUUCCACUAGAGCCCCAAACUUCUUCGGAAUACGAGGAUGCUGAAAUAUUCAGGAAACUCGACCCUUGGGACUUGGACUAG